AAAGCAUCCCCUCCACACGGACGCUCUCAAGUACAAAUAGCGCAGCGUCGCCUCUGAACGCAACAUCUAUUCUACCCCCUACCGAGAACACCCUCAUCAUCAUCGUCGUCAUUCUACCUCGGGACGCCAACCCCCCCGCACACUGCCCCCUCACUCCGGCCCUGCACUUUAUUUCAAGUUGGUUCAGCAGGAGAUUUUUGGGGCACUUUCUUUCCCCACAUCAGAGAGGACGACAGCUGGGUUGAAGCCAGGCAAGACGCUCGGUGGUCCGAACAUGUCGACCGCAUGGUGCUGCUGGGCUCUGCUGCUGUCAAUCAUCUCUCUGGUGCUCGAAGCUGACUCGAAAUCAGCAAACGGCAAGUCCAAAAUGAAGUCAUACUGGUCCGCUAGUAGCAAGGCGGCUCAAACUCUGUCAGUCAGCCGCCUUCUGGCCCACACGCUGGAUGGCAAGGACAACUUCACCUCGGUGGACCUGGACUUCCACAUGGAGGAGGAUUUGGACUCUGACGCCAAGCAGUGGACCUGGCUUUCCAAUUCUUCAGUGUCUUCGGCCUCGGAGGGACGCUCCCGGGCCAAGAGGAGGCCCAUCGUGAAGACGGGCAAGUUCAAGAAGAUGUUCGGCUGGGGAGACUUCCACUCCAACAUCAAGACGGUCAAACUCAACCUGCUCAUCACCGGCAAGAUCGUGGACCACGGCAACGGUACUUUCAGCGUCUACUUCCGACACAAUUCCACCGGGCAGGGCAACGUGUCCGUCGGGCUCGUACCGCCCAGCAAGGCGGUGGAGUUCCAUGUCCAUCACCAUCACCGCCACCACCACCAGCAGCAGCAGCAGAACGCCCAUCAGCAGGAUCUGCUUGUCCAGCAGCAGACGGCGUUGGAGAGCAAGGAGAGCAAGCUGUUCAACUGCCGCGUGGAAUACGAGAAGGUGGAACGCGGCACCCGCAACUCGCUGUGCGCCCACGACCCGUCGCAGAGUUGCCCUCAGGACCAGACCCAGAGCCAUGUCUCCUGGCUGUGCUCCAAACCCUUCAAAGUCAUCUGCAUCUUCAUCACCUUCCACAGCACCGACUACAAGCUGGUGCAAAAGGUGUGUCCCGACUACAACUACCACAGCGACACGCCCUACACGCCCACCGGUUGACGGGCGACCGAGGAAGAGGAAAGCGGACUCAUCCUGGUCCCCGACUUGGAGGCCGGCGACGGGGCGUUCAGGGAAGCUUGGACGACUCCCUCAAAGGGAAUCAUGUAAAUACUCGGACGCCACUCAGACAGCCUUUUAUCUUGUCUUUGUUGUCUUUGUCAUCUGUGGCUUUUUCCGUCUCAAUCGCAGACGCCAAUCAGCAAUCAGUUGGCGGGGCUUGAUAGGAAAUUUUGAUUUCGAGUGAUCCGCUGCUCGUCGCGGGGAGUUACGUACCAGACGCGCCUGUGAGGGUUGACAAGUCUGCACUUGAGAGAGACCAUA